CAGAGCCAUGAGACUGGAUCGGACGGCUGCGGUGGAGGCGGUCCGGUGAGUCCCGCCGCUCCACGGGCGUUGGUCUGAACGCAGGACUUCUACGAUGGUCCACAUGUGCUGCUCAGGAGAACUGCAACGCCCCCCUCUGUUCUAACGCCACCGACGGCUGACCCGCUCCAACAUGUUUCUGGCUUUCCGCCGGAUCCGUAGAUCCCAGCUGGUGCAGCUGAUGACGACGUUCCUGCUGCUGUCCGUGGUGAUGGUGUGCUGGGAGCAGCUGGACACCGCCGUGGUUAGCCACGUGAAGUCGUACUCUUUCCGCUUCCUGGUGAACCGUUUCACACACGUCAACAAGAGCCUCACCAUUACACACGAGCAGGCCAGAGCCUUCAGUACCUUCCACUACCUGCUGGACCACCCUGAGAAGUGUGCCAACAAGGAGAUCCUCUUACUCGUAUUUGUUAAGUCCUCCCCAGAGAACGCUGCCAGGCGGAACGCCAUCAGAUCCACCUGGGGUAAUGAGACCUACAUCCAGAAGAGUCUAGGGGUCAGAGUCAAGGUGCUGUUUGCCCUGGGAGUGCACCAGGAGGGCAGAGGCAGACCUUCGCUAAGCAGCCUCCACAAACAGCUGGUUCAGGAGGACCACCUCCACGGUGAUUUGAUUCAGAAAAGCUUCUUGGACUCGUUCCACAACCUGACCCUGAAACUGAUCCUGCAGUUCCACUGGAUGCACGACCACUGUGCUCACGCUCACUACUUCAUGACUGCCGAUGACGACAUCUUUGUCCACAUGCCCAACCUGGUCAAGUACUUGCAAGAAAAGAAAGGCACCAAAAACUUGUGGGUGGGCCGGGUGCACGCCGGGGCGCCGCCCGUCCGCAGCAAGGGCAGCAAAUACUACGUCCCGUACCAGAUGUACCAGUGGAUGUCCUACCCAGACUACACAGCCGGGGCUGGCUAUGUGGUCUCCGGAGACGUAGCGAAUAAAAUCUACCACGCCAUGCUGACAUUAAACGCCUCGUUGUUCAUUGAUGAUGUGUUCAUGGGCAUCUGUGCCAACGCUGUGGGCGUGUCACCACAGGAUCACGUCUAUUUCUCCGGGGAGGGCAAGACGCUGUACCACCCGUGCAUCUACAAUCAGAUGAUGACAUCACAUGGCCACGUGGAGGACAUUCACGACCUGUGGAGUGCAGCGACACACCCCCGGGUGAAGCAGACGACCUCUGGACUGUUUGGGCGGCUCUACUGUACAGUCACCAAAAUGUUUCUGCUCUGUAAGCCCAACUAUGUUGCCACCUACCCCUGCAAAGCAGCCUUUUUGUAGUAUUAUUGAAGCGUACGUUUCACACAGUAGAUGAUGAUAAGUAUUACCGCUGUCCUUCCGGAGUAAAUCACCAUGUUCACAGCCAGGGACACCAGAUCCAUCGUUUCACCGUUGGCGUGGCGUCUUCAGCGUCUCUCUUACCCGUAGUUCUGGUUAUUGCCUCACCCGUGCCUCAACCACAGAAAGUGGACAGAAGUGUUCUACAGAAAUGUUUACAACAGUUCAACCCAGACGUUUCACCUCAGGACCUCAGCUCUUCUGUAACUUGUCAUGUACUUGUACAAUGUUUUCUACCGACAUGAACAAAGUUUUUUACCGCUGGCC